CAUUUCAUUUCUCUUUCUCUUCUCCUCCCUCUCCUUUUCUCGGUUUAUAUAAACAUGAACGAGAACGACAAAGCGGACAUAACAUAACCUGCCAAUCUUCUUAACAACAAAGUUGGUACAUACUAGAAUUUAGUUGCCAAUCUCAAUCACAACCAGAAUAUUAAUGGCAGUUCCAAAAUCAAGAAAUGUUACAGCUGAGAUUGUUUUCUUCGACUUGGAAACAACGGUGCCCAAUAGAGUCGGACAAAGGUUCUGGGUAUUGGAGUUUGGUGCAAUUGUAGUCUGUCCUCGAAAACUCAUUGAGCUGGAGAGCUAUUGCACGCUGAUUAGACCUGGGGAUUUGUCAGUAGUUUCUGUGAAGUCAAGCAGGCCUGAUGGCAUAACUCAACAAGCAGUCAAGAAUGCGCCUUUGUUUGAGGAAGUUGCAGACAAGAUAUUUAGCAUUCUUGAUGGGAGGGUUUGGGCUGGUCAUAACAUACAACGAUUCGACUGCGUUCGUAUUAGGGAGGCCUUCAAGGAGAUUGGUAGGCCUGCACCACUGCCUUCCGGGAUGAUUGAUUCGUUGGGUGUUCUGACAGAUAAGUUUGGCAGAAGAGCUGGUAAUAUGAAGAUGGCAACAUUGGCUGCUUACUUUGGACUUGGGCAGCAAAAACAUAGGAGCCUUGAUGAUGUGCGCAUGAAUUUGGAAGUCCUCAAACAUUGUGCAACUGUGCUGUUUCUGGAAUCAAGCCUCCCAAAUGUGCUGAACGGGAAAUGGCAUGGCUCUCCCACGGUGACAACAAGAAGCAGAAGUAUGUUGGAAUCAAAUCUCCCCAAUAUGUCGAAUGGAAGCUGGGACGGUCAUCCAAGCAUCACCCCAACAAAAAGCAAGAGUUUUAUUGGGAAAUUUCCAUGCAGAGAAGAAAGUAGCAGCCGCAAAUCUCCUCCAACUUCUCUGAGUUAUCAUAGAGCUGUUCCCUAUGCAAGGGGAAGUUUAGGAAAGAUGACCGAAAGAGUGGCAAAUAUACUUUGUAAAGCCCAAAAUAAACCUCUCAGUAAUUUAUUGAAGCAUUCCCACUCACUGCUUCGAUAAGAAAGAAUGAGGUGGCCUCCUAUUGUGGCAUCUGUCUUUGGAUCCUUGUUCCAUUUCUGUUCUAUCACGAG